UAGUAGCCGUGACUACUCCGUUAAGUUUGAACCUAGUUGUCGUUUGUUCCUAUAUUCCUUGCCUUUUACCGACACUCAGCUAGGGCCACGCCCACGACCACGCCCACAACGCCAUGGAGGAGCGUCGCCAGAGAAUGCGGGCGUACCGGCGUGCCCGUCGGAAGUUCGCCUGCGUGGUCUACAUGGUGACCAUAGCCUGGAUGGUCCUGGCCCUCCUGCAGUGGCUCCUGGUCAGCCUGAUCUCGGACAUAAGCCUAGCCUUCAUAGAGUUUUACUGGAUUAGCGUGAUCUUCUUUGCGCUGGCCAUGGUGAUGGUCACGCUGUUCAUAUUCUUCGAGCGGAUCCGCUUCAUCAUAGGUCUCAACUGGCUGAUCACACUGCUGAUAGUGGAGUUCGUGAUUAUAGGUAUAUUUGCGCUGGUGGCCCGAUCUCUGUGGCCGGAUCUCGUGAUGUGGUUUUUCAUCUGUGUGCUACUGGUGUUUCUCUUCGUGCUGCUGGGAUCCAUAAUACCACACGACCUCACCUUGGACGUUGUAAUCCUGUUUGUGAUGGCUUUCAUUUUUCUCAUCGUCACCAUCUUCUUUAUCAUGAUGCACAUUUUGAUAGCGAUGCCGUACUCCUUCGUGGUCUUCCAGAUCUUCAUCAGCGUCAUUGUGCUUUUGUUCGUGAUGUACCAUGCCCAGACCAUCAACGGGGGCUUCGCCGAGAUGCGACUCAACGACCACCUGCUGGCCUCGCUAAUCCUCUUCCACGACUUCAUCAUCAUCUUCCUGCUGACCUUCUAUGCGCAGAUUGUCUACCGGAUCGCCUCGAAUAAGACCAGCACCACGGCGACACCACAAUAUGUAACCUGGGUUCGCCCGUCCUCUAACUCGGAAGUUGAGGACGUUACCACCGUUGAUCCCAACGCGGACAGUGAGAGUCCCCCCGACGAAGUUAAAUCACCCGAUGAAGCAAGCAUGAUUUUCUUCUAAUUUUUCUGGCAUUAUGUAGGAAAUGAGUGGGGGUAACCUGAAGAACCUAAUAAAACCAUGUCUUCUCCGAAGACCCGUCGCGUCGGAUAAUUUGAAAACAUAAUGCCUAUUUUCGCGAUUAUAUAUUAGUUUACUCUUUUGACUCAACCGCAAGACCAAAUUUCUAGAGAUUUGUUCAAAGUUUGUUAAACACGAACAUAUUUACAA